AUGCAAUCAUCACAACGGUUAUAUCCCGGACUGAAUACGAUUACAUCCACCGCUACAAUGACACGUUAUUCACCUACCGGAACCGGCGCAACAACCGCAGCAGCUGCAUACCGUACUCGAAUGCCUAGUGUAG